AUGAUCUCUCUAUUCACAUCACUGUCCAAACUGUGGCGCAUAAGACACGUGCACAUCGAUGGCCUGGUCUUCCGCCUGCACUACAUGCUGACCGUCAUUAUCCUCCUGUCCUUCUGUAUCAUCAACUCAUCCAAACAACUGUUGGGCGAACCCAUCGUCUGCGAGACCAGUCGGGGCGCCAUCGACGCCAAGAUUAUCAACACUUUCUGUUACAUACACUACACAUACACCGUCUUCGACGCCACCGACCAAAAGACAUCGCGAACUGAUCCACAUCUGCACCGCAGUAUCGGCGCCGACAGCGACCGCAUCGCCCCCACUAACCAUCCCUACUAUCAGUGGGUGUGGUGUGUCUUACUGUUGCAGUCGAUAUGCUUUUAUAUCCCGCACUGGCUCUGGAAGUGCUGCGAAGGCAACAAAAUCUCGUCACUCGUCUCAUCGGAUCUCAAUUACUUCGACGACACGGCGAAGGACCAGAAGAUCGCUCUCAUUGUCCACUAUCUGAAGGAAAGUCGCGGCCGACACGACUGGUUCGCCAUCAAGUACUUCGCGUGCGAAGCGCUGGCCCUCUUCAACGCCAUCAUACAAAUCGUGGCCAACAAUGCUUUUCUGGACGAACGGUACGCCACGUAUGGCAGGGAUAUACUGGUGGACUGGUGGACCAAAUCGGAUCCUAAAAUCACUGCCGACCCCAUGGAGAGAAACUUCCCGAUACUCAGCAAAUGUCGAUACAUUUCGUACGGCUCUUCUGGAGGACCGGAGCGGAUCGAUGCCAUGUGUGUGCUGUCCAUCAAUAUCUACAACCAGAAGAUCUACCUCUUCAUCUGGUUUUGGCUCUACUUUCUGGUGGCCGUCACCGCACUGCUGAUGGUUCACCGCUUCAUACUGUUGUCGUGGCCACUGAUGCGAUACUAUCAGCUCAGGUGUCGUAUGGACUCGUCGGCCAUCGCCGGCGAUAAUCAAUGCAAACGCAAGCAAAUGGUGUGCGAUCUUCAGGUCGGCGAUUGGUUUAUACUGUAUUUGGUGUCCCUAAAUACGGAACCAAUAAUUUUCGGCCAAAUUGUGGACCAAUUGUCGCAAUCCGUGCCAAUCAGAGACCGAUUCAACAGCAGAUUCUUUGCCAUCGAAGGCACCAAUCUUUCGGUGGCCGAGUGCUCGAAGAUGUGAAGACAAAUCACUAUUUAUUUCAAUUUACAAUACGUUUAAACUAUCAUUUUUGAUCAC